AUGAUUUUCCGCCCCUCACUUUGUCAACUCGACGCGACUCAGUAUAAGACUGGGGCGUGGUGUCAAAUCGACAGAAUUUGCAUUUUUAGCGAAAGUACAAAGACGCACGUCUCGGGCAGACAGAUUGUGCAAGAGACGAAUGAUCCCGCGAACGAUGAACAACUAUUCUCUUUGAAAAUUCUUAUAAGAUUUUCAAAUUAUGUGGAUAAGUUGCGAGUAGCAAUACAGCGGCUGGCUUACUGGGCUAAAUCACAUUUGGACAAAAGGGGCGACAAGAAUUAG